AUGUUUAAUAUACCAAGAGCUGCAAUCAAUGUCAAUGAUGGUUAUUACGGUAAUCAUACAAUCAGUUGGAAUGUUCUGUUCAAUACUGUACGAGAAACGAGUGAUCAUGGACCAAUUAACACAUGGGAUCGACAACCAUUUCUAAGCGAUGGAAGACGAUCUGGUGUUGCGUCAUUGUGGCAACAUCAAAGCUUUAUACAUCACAAUCUUCUCUUCAAUAAUUAUAAUUCGAUUUUCCCGAUUGAUCACGAUGAUGGAAGCUGUUUCUAUGAAGACAGUUACAAUUUUCAAAUCUAUGGUGGCAAAAAAAAUUUCCUAGGCCAUUCAAAGUUCGAUCAUCACGAAAUCUAUGUGUAUCCAGAUACUAAACGAAUUCUUGGCACGGGAACAUGUCUUUUCGAUCAGGCUCCCAAACGAGGUUCCAGCGGUUGGAAUGAAACUUGGAUUCAAAAUACCUGUGUCCUUUAUUCAAGUCCAAUACCCUACAAUAUUUGGAACUGUAACACUGCCGAUCUCUUCGUACCUUAUCUAGCUGACAAUAAGAUCUUUAUUCCACGUGGUAAAGAAGUCGAAUUCGUAUGUGAAAUUGAUGGAAUCAGCACAACUCUUGACUUGGAAGAUUGGCAAGCUUUUGAUCUCGAUCUUGGCACUACCGUUCAAACCGCACCUAACAUGAAAACCAUCAUUCAAUGGGGACGAGACAUGUUGAAAGGAACACCGUCAUUAAGAUGA